AACUCCCAACUGGCACGGAGUCCGGUGGUACAGUUUGCCCUUGCGACAUUCAGUGCAACAAUUUCAAGGAUUCUCUCAACGAAGCCAUAUCCAACGACUUUCCCUGGUUUUGACGUGUCGCAAUGGCUAUCCUUUCGACACCGCUGCAAUACAUCAAAUCUGUACCACCAGUGACGCGUUUUUUUACUGCGGCUACUUUAGCUUCUUCCACAUUGUAUCUUUGGAUAAGAUGGACAACAGGCCCUACACCGGUUGCCUACUUGACAUUGGUACCUGGAACAAGCCUAUUCUUUCCUUGGACCUUUGCAACCUCAGCCCUGGUCGAAAUAAGCAUUAUCGAGCUCAUCAUUUCACUCCUUGUCAUUCCCGCUUCGUUAGCUUAUUUUGAGCGCCUGUGGGGGACGGUCGAAACUCUCAAGUUUAUUAUCGUAUGCGUGACCGGACCGAAUAUUAUCGGGUGCGCCUUCAACUGGAUUGAAUUUGCUGUGACGCGUAAUGCCGAGUUGUUCUUGUAUGGCAUGGAGUAUCACGGUCAAAUGGCGCUAUUUAUUAGCCUGCUUGUUUCAUUUACUCAAGUUAUCCCUGAGCACCAAGUUCAAAUUUUGGGCUUUAUCAAGGCCCGCGUCAAGAGGUUUCCUAUGGCAUACUUGACUUUUUCGACCAUAAUGACAUUACUUGGCUUCCAAAGCCCAUAUAUUCUCAUUCAAUUUGGCUGGUUUGUGUCAUGGGUAUACCUCCGCUUCUAUAAGCGCAAUGUUGGCGACUCCCUAGGAGGGGUAGUGUCAUACGGAGACCGGAGCGAAACAUUUGCUUUGACAAGCUGGUUCCCACCAUUCCUUCACACACCGCUAUUAUUGCUAGGAAACACAGUAUACAAACUUGCAACACGUCUCCACCUUCUUCCCACUUCUGUGCCUCACGACAUUGAGUCUGGAGGGUAUAGUCAGGUGCCAGGUGGAGCUCGAGCCGAAGCUGAAAGGCGACGGGCACUUGCACUGAAGGCACUUGACCAGCGACUGGCUAACUCCUCCGGUGGUUCACCAACCCAGAGUGGAAUAUCUCAGGCUCAGUCUUCAAGACCCUCGCCUGCCGCGCCUGCCCCAGCACAAAAUGAAAGGAAACCUAGCCCUGUGGAGAUGGAUGUGGCAGACACAUCAGGCUCUGACGAUGGGAGAAGAUAGUGUACGGCCUAAUGAUCAUCAGCAGCUAAUAUCCAUGGAGCACAUCUCGCGUCUUCACUUUCAUUUGUCCAACUACAUAGCAAUAGCCUUCAUGGUUACGUAAUAUACCAAGUCUGUUGACCA